AUGAAUUUGAAUCUCAUUCGGUUGAUCUUGGUUGCCGUGGAUUUUUAUAUGAGAAAAAAAACAGCCGAGAAUGUAUCAUUGUCGAUUGAUAAUUUACUUCAUGAAUUUAACUUAAGACUAUAUCGUGAUGAAAUACCAUUUGUUAUAGAUCAAGGCAGUAAUCUUAAAGCAGCGCUACAUGACAAUCAAAUAACACAUUGCUAUUGGCAUAGAUUAAAUAAUAUAUUGAAAGAUACGUUCAAAAGUAUGAUUUUGACCGCUGGUCAUAGUUAG